CCUAUCAAUUGCCUUGAUCGAAACGAACAAAUCAAUUAUUGGACAUUGAAUUAUUUGCUUUGAUCCGAUCUCUUCCAUCUUCAUCUUCCAUUCCAAGGAGAAGGAGAAGAAGUCUGUGUGAGAUGGCAGGUUUCAGCGGUGACGAAACUGCUCCUUUUUUCGGCUUCCUCGGAGCCGCUGCUGCUCUCGUCUUCUCCUGUAUGGGAGCUGCAUAUGGAACUGCAAAGAGUGGAGUAGGCGUAGCUUCCAUGGGUGUUAUGCGGCCCGAGCUGGUUAUGAAAUCCAUUGUUCCAGUAGUUAUGGCUGGAGUGCUGGGUAUUUAUGGACUAAUUAUUGCUGUUAUUAUUAGUACUGGAAUAAACCCCAAGGCUAAAUCAUACUAUCUCUUUGAUGGCUACGCCCACUUGUCAUCUGGCCUUGCUUGUGGCCUUGCUGGACUCUCUGCUGGAAUGGCAAUUGGAAUUGUUGGUGAUGCUGGAGUUCGGGCAAACGCCCAGCAACCGAAGCUGUUUGUUGGUAUGAUUCUUAUAUUGAUCUUUGCCGAAGCUCUUGCUCUCUAUGGCCUCAUCGUGGGUAUCAUUCUCUCAUCCCGAGCAGGCCAAUCUCGUGCUGAUUAGUUCGGAGGAUAAAUUUUAGAUCAUAGUCAAAUACUAUUGUUUUCCCAUGAUUACAUUUAUUUUAGCUGGCAACUCCUCUUUCCGAAAUCUGAAUUCGGUCGGUUUUAUGUUGUAUUUUCUUGCGGGAUUAUUCAUUUGGAUGGAUUGAUAUUGAAGUAACGCUAAUCUAGAGUUCUGUGAAACAUUCAAAAUAUUCUCCUAUAAACGAUCAAAAUUUAUGUA